AUGAAAGCUACCAGUGCUGCUUCCAAACAAAUCAACCAAACAAGUAACGAACCAGCCGUUCAACGUAUUCCACAAGAAUGCAAACCCAUUCCGAAAGAAUUAUUAAAUCGAGAGGAUUUUUAUUGGGAUACCCAAGAAGAACCUCAUCUCCGAAGAAAGUAUGAAAUUUUGAAAAAGUAUCCACAAAUUGAAAAAUUAUUUGGUGUGGAUUAUCAAACCAAAUAUCAAGUCAUUGCUUUUGUGUUGAUUCACUUGUUGAUUUGUUAUUUGGUGAAGGAUCAAGCGUGGUAUAUUAUGGUACCAACGGCUUGGUUGAUUGGUGGAGCUUUUACUCAAUCAUUGACUGUUGCUAUUCAUGAAAUUACUCAUGGAAUGUGCUUUGAUAAACUCGAGCACAAUUAUUAUUUUGCCAUAUUUGCAAAUCUUCCAAUGGGAAUUCCUUCAGCCAUGACCUUUAAGAGAUAUCACAGUGAUCAUCAUUGGUAUUUGGGUGUUCCAUUAUAUGAUGUCGAUAUUACCACACGAUUGGAGGGAAAAUAUGUUCGAUCGAAAUUCUUAAAACUUCUUCACAUGAUUUUCAUUGGAAUUGUUUAUGGUGUGAAACCAUUGUUGGUGGCUCCACGUUCUCCAAAUGCAUGGGAAUUGUUGAAUAUGGCUGUUUCAUUUACCUUUGAUGGAUUAUUGGUCUAUUUUUGGGGUUAUAGGGCUUUGAUUUAUUGUGUAUUGACAAGUUUAUUGGGUUUGGGUUUGCAUCCAUUGAGUGGUCACUUUUUGUCAGAACAUUGGUUGACAGAGCCAGGACAAGAAACAUAUAGUUAUUAUGGACCUGCCAAUUGGUUCAUGUUUAAUGUGGGUUAUCAUAAUGAGCAUCAUGAUUUUCCAAGAAUUCCAUGUUCCAGACUUCCAUUGUUGAGAAAAAUUGCACCAGAGUUUUAUGAUACUCUAGGAUAUUAUGAAUCGUGGUCAUCAGUGGUUUACAAUUAUAUCAUGACCGAUGGCUAUAAUCCUUUCGUUCGUCAAGUCAGAUCGAUUGAAGUUCACAAAAAGGCAAGAAAAGAAUGGUUCAACCGUGGUUAUACUGAACAUGCAUGUUCUAACGAGUCUGAUCAACAAUGA